AUGUCGGGUAUAACACCAGUAACAAUCAUCACUGAUCAAGAUAAAGCUAUGUGUGGUGCUAUACACAAAGUUUUUCCUAAAACUCGCCAUCGCUUUUGUUCUUGGCACCUUCGUAGGAAUGCCUUACAAAAUCUUCAAUCAAUGCAUAAUGAUUAUGGUGAGGAUGUUUCUAUAAAGUAUAACAAAUGGUAUUGGAGUAAAUCGGAAGAAAAAUUUGAAAAGCGUUGGGAAGAAAUGAGGGACAAAUAUGGUGCAGAUAAAAGGAGUUGGUUAGUAAAUUUAUACAAUCAUCAAGAUCAUUGGGCUCCAGUGUAUCUUAAAGACACUUUUACUGCAGGAAUGACAUCUACUCAGCGGAGUGAGGGAAUUAAUGCUUUUUUUGAUCAUUUUGUGAAUAAAGAACUCAAGGAUAGUUCCAUGCUUCAUGAAAAGUUGUCGAAGGACGGCGCAAGUGCUACUUAUGCCGUUUGGAAUAUAAAUAGCGAGGCUGAAAGCAAGAAGAUAGUAAAGCAUCAUGUUGUUUUUGAUACAUCCAAAGAAAAAAGAAUUAAGUGCUCUAGUGCGAGAUUUGAGAUAGAAGGUAUAUUAUGCAAACAUAGCUUGCACAUUUUAGUAAAGAAGCAAGUAUUAGAAAUUCCAUCAAGAUAUAUCAUGCAACGAUGGACAAUUAAAGCAAGACAUGUUGGUUGCGGAGUUGUUAGAAAUUGCAUUACAAAUAGUGAUGACCAACUAUCUAUCAUUAAACAUUGGGCCCUUAGGAGUAGAUGUAACAAGGCACUAGAAGAUACAUUGACUUCAAGUACACUUCAUGAUAAGUUUAGUGCUUUUUUAGACUCAUUUUUUGAAGAAGUUGAGAAUUCCAAGAUUGAGAAGGAACAUAACGACAAUGGAAAUGAGAGCAAUGCCAGCAAUAAGAUGCCUACUUCAUCCAUACCCAUCUCUAUAGAGGAAGCAACUCAAAUCACUAUUCGUGAUCCAGAUAAGCCUGUUGCCACGAAGGGACGACCAGCACAUGCUACUAGAAUUAAGUCGGGAGUGGAGAUAGCACAAGAAAAGAGUAUAAAAAAACAAAGAUUUUGUGGGUUUUGUAAGGGAAAAGGACAUUAUAUAACGAGUUAUCCUUUAGCUAAGAACAAAAAUGUUGCUGGUGGAGGUCGAGAAAGUUAA